AAUACAACAAAUUGAAAUUAACGUUUCCAGGAGUUCCACCGAGUAUGUCGUUGGCCUUCCGUAAUGCAGAUGGUUUUGUGUAUUUUCUGUACUCCGAGAGAUAUCUCGCGUUCAGCGAAUUCACUAGUUUUAUGCACUCUGCGGGACCUUUUAAUAUGCGUUUAAUUGAUAUUCAUUGUCCGGAUAUAAACAUCUUAUACAACUUAAAGUCCCUAGUUUCUCAACUUGAAAAGUAUGAACACGCUCUACAUUCAGAUUAGAUGUAGUAUGUGUGCGCGUUGAGAGUGGGGGUAUUUGCUUUAUUAUUUUAUGCGAGGGAUAUAUAUAAAACGCUACAUGGCAACCGUACAGUCAGUCAGUUAUUCACUCUCGUUGUGAUCAUCCUGUGUGCUACGGGUUGUCGAUCUUUCUCCUCUUCGCAAAGAACAGCUCAACGAUGUUUCGCUCGAUGGUUCCGAUGAAGCAACAACAACAACAACAACCUUCCAUCGAUCCUCAACACGAGUCUCAACACAACGGUGUGAAGAGAAAGAAAUUUGAUCAUGGACAAUGCAAUGGCAUCCAACCAACGCGACCUAUGCGGAUACUGAGUCGCAAGUACAUAUUAACCAAGACGGGAUAUAAAUAUUUCGAGCUCGGCAUCGGUAUCUCAUCCAACGAUGCUUCACCAACCGUUGAUCUGGCUCUAGGUGACAACAAUGGGAACGAAGUGCUUUUGUCGCCGGAAAUGUGGAACACGUUGUUGGAUAACGAACGAGUCAUCACGUUGUAUUUGUCUGGUCAGAGCGAUGUGCAGCCGUCGAUUCUUGUCGACGAUCUAGCGGUAUCGUUCAGCUUGAUAAACACCGCGAGGAUUAUACGUCUGUCUACAAAAACCGGUCGCAUAUUACUUUCCCACCAAUCGAUGUGCAACUUAUUCAACUUAAAACAUUGCGUGGCAUGCANCAUUGCCUACUUGAACAGUGUUGUUGUUCGCGUGCGAGACAGAUUGUCGCGGUAUUUCGCGAUCUUGUCUGAAACAUCGGAUCCCGCGAGCUUCGCAACUGCUGUCGCACAGAGCGGUUGCUUCGACGUCAACGAUAUUGUUGAUUGCGAACUAAUGGCUGUAUGUUACGGUGUUGCCCCUUAA